CUCACAAUGAAACUCGAACCUCUUUCAACAUUUCUGUAAAUGGAGAAUUCCAUCUACGCCUGAAGAAGGAACCAAUACACUUCCACCACACAAUCACAUAUACACACAUAUAUAUAUACAUAUAACUAUAUCUACAUAUAUUCUUAUAUAUAUAAGCGAAUUUCAGUGAAUUUUAGGGUCAAUUAUUUGCGAACAAUGGAGCUAAGGAUCCCCAAGGUCUUUCCGCUCCUGCUUUGUCUUUUUCUAUCUGCAGCUUCCAUUGUUAGAUCAGCCUCUUCUCCUCCCAAAUAUCUCGGAAUCGCUCCCCAAGAUGAAAAAUACUACAAGUCUUCUGAUUCCAUCAAAUGUAAAGACGGAUCCAAGAAAUUCACCCAAACCCAGCUCAACGACAACUUCUGCGAUUGCCCCGAUGGCACCGACGAGCCUGGAACAUCUGCUUGUCCAAAUGGAAGAUUCUAUUGUCGAAAUGCAGGGCAUGCUCCUAAAGUGUUAUUCUCUUCUAGAGUGAAUGAUGGUAUAUGCGACUGCUGUGAUGGGAGUGAUGAGUAUGAUGAUAAAGGAAAAUGCCCUAAUACAUGUUGGGAGGCUGGGAAAGUGGCAAGGGACAAAUUGAUGAAAAAAAUUGCGACUUUUCAAGAGGGUGUUGCAAUAAGAAAGCAGGAAGUUGAACUAGCAAAAACAGCUAUAGCUAAGGAUGAGGCAGAGCUAUCAAAGCUACAAAACGAAGAGAAAACACUUAAAGGACUUGUCCAGCAGCUUAGAGAGCGUAAAGAACAAAUAGAAAAGGCUGAGGAGAAGGAACGCUUACAGAAAGAAAAUGAAGAGAGAGAGAAGAAAGAAGCUGAGGAGAAAAACAAACACGAGGAUGAAGCUAAGCAGGAAAAUGUUGAAGGUGUAGAGAAACCAAACCAUGAAACCGAAACCAAUAGUGCAGAUGAUGAAAAGAUAGGCCUCAUAGAUGAUUCUCCUUCGGAUCAGGAUGCUGUGGACGUCCAUGACAGUUUAGCUGCUGAAGCUGAACAUGGUGAUGCUUCCAGAAAGGAAAGGUCCCCAGUUCAAGGUGUAGAACAGCACACAACACAAGUGAUAGAAGAGUCUACAGCAACGUCUGAAACUGGAACUGAUGUUGAUGGCAAGGUGUCUGCUGAAGAAGUCAUAGAUACAGGUAGUGAUGCAUCUGAAAAUACCGAGGGAUUGUCAAGGGAAGAAUUGGGCCGCCUUGUUGCUUCUCGUUGGACAGGAGAAAACACUGGGAAGCAAACAGAAGAUUCUGAUGCUGAAAAAGAUAAUAAUCAUGAAGCAGAUGAAAACAAUGAAGAGAUGCCAAGGGACAGUACACAUGAUGAGGAAGAUAAUGGCUAUGCUUCAGAAACUGAUGAUGAACACCAUAAGUAUGAUGACAGCAAUAUAGAGGAUGAGGUAGACGAUGAUAUUAGAGAGGAAGAUCCUGAAGAUUCUAGUUCUUCAUAUAAGUAUGACUCAGAUAUUGAUUCUGAUUUGUCAGAUGUAACAACAACAAGUAAUCCUUCUUGGUUGGAGACAAUACAACAAAAGGUGCGGAGCGUUCUUCAGGUUGUUAAUUUAUUCCAGACUCCAGUGAAUCAGUCAGAUGCUGCUCGUAUACGCAAGGAAUACGAUGAAUCCAGUACUAAAUUGUCUAAAAUCCAAUCAAGAAUAUCAAGUUUGACACAAAAGCUAAAACAUGAUUUUGGAGUAGAUAAGGAGUUCUAUUCAUUCUAUGGUCAAUGUUUUGAGGGCAAGGAAAACAAGUAUGUUUACAAAGUGUGCCCAUUUAAACAAGCUUCCCAGGUCGAUGGACACAGCACAACUCGUUUGGGGCAAUGGGACAAAUUUGAGGACUCAUACAGAGUCAUGAUCUUUUCAAAUGGAGACAAGUGUUGGAAUGGACCUGAUAGAAGUUUAAAGGUUAGACUUAGAUGUGGAUUGAAAAGUGAGGUUACUGAUGUAGAUGAACCAAGUCGUUGCGAAUAUGUAGCAUUCCUAUCAACUCCAGCAGUAUGCUUCGAGGAAAAACUUAUGGAACUACAACAAAAACUAGACUCGAUGAACAAAGAACAACCCCAAAACCAUGACGAGCUUUGAGUUUUUCCUAGUAUUUUUUAGAAGUAAUCUAACAGGUUAGGCUGAGAUCUAUUUUGAACACAUAACUCAGCUCGACAUCUCGGCAACAAAUUGGAGCGAUGAGCUGAUUUUUUUACAUUCUAAAAGACUAUUAUAGAACAAAUUUCAAUUUGGUUGGGAGCUGGAUUGUAGCUAUUGAGUUAAAACAACACAUUAAUUAAGUGGUGCAUUUUUGAACUGAAAUUGUAGUGGUGCACAUUCUGAUUUUUCAUACUA